ACCUGGAAAGAGCAGUGCGUGCAAGACGGCCCAAGGACCUCACAGAACUUGGAAGCCUUUUUAAAGGAAGAAUGGGUGAAAAUCCCUCCCCGCUGCCCCAACGAGAAUCGAAAGCUGGCUGCAGAAAGCUGUGAUACUGGGCACAGGGGAUUUUUCUAAGUUACUGACCACGCAGGGUGCCCAAACUUUUGCUUCAGGCCCUUUUCCUUUUUUGUUAUCGUAAAAGAUGGAAAUAAAAAAGUAAUCCAGCUUGAAAUAUGAAAGGAAUGUAUCCUCUUGAAAUCAGUUCCUCUUCUACUCAUUCGACCGUUCACAGUAACAGAAAUUUUGACCCGGCGGGAGUGUGGGUGGGGUGCCCAAACUUUUGCAUGCCGCCGUCCCGGUACCCCGACGAUAAAUUUCACUCCGAGCUUUUAAACCGACCAAAACAAAGUGCCUGCAACGUGGGUGAUCGUUUCAGGGAUCACGAGCGAGCGGCGGGGGGGGGCAGGUUGAACCCACACGCGCGGUGGGGAGGGGCGGAUGGGGCGCGGUCAGGAGGAAGAUGGCGGCCUGACCCAAACCUGACCCGUUGAAGUUUUGAAGUUUUCAUGACGGCUGUCGCUACUGUCCGGUUUCCCUUCUGGGUGACCCAGCACAGACAGAGGAACAAAAGGGGAACUGGAAUCUUUAAUCGUUCGUAAAAACUGAAACACCACAAUAUUCCUCCCGACACAAUAGCUCCCCUUUGUGAAAGUAAAAGUGCCGUGAGGUCAUGCACCGAGGCAUUUGGCCGUCUCGGCCAGCACAGAGUAAGCGACUGAUCAGCAGGCCUUUGUUCUGCUCUUGACACUGGUAUUGUUCCUAAUCCCAAAAAUAAUAAAUUCCGACAGACCGGGAUCACGUGACGGGCUCGGACAGUUUUCCAGAAAGUUCAGUGGGCGGGCGGCGCCGCGUAUAUUAAGCUGGCAGCCGGCGGCCGGCCCUCAAACUGUGCUGGUGGACGGGCGAAGACACUCGGUCAGCAUGGACAUUGCCAUCCAGCAUCCGUGGUUCCGCCGUUCCUUCCUCCCGCCCUCCCUCUUCCCCUCCCGCCUCUUCGACCAGAACUUCGGGGAGCUCAUCGACCCCGAGCCCUUCCAGAGCGUCGCCUCCUUGGCCAACCCUUUCUACUGGAGGGCCGCAGGCCUCCUGUCCAGGAUACCGAGCUGGCUGCAGUCCGGGCUGUCAGAGCUGAACCUGGACAAGGACAAGUUUGAGAUUCACCUCGACGUCAAGCACUUCAGUCCCGAAGAAAUCCGAGUCAAGGUCCUCGGUGACUUUAUUGAAGUCCAAGCCCAACAUGAAGAGCGCCAGGAUGAGCACGGCUACAUCUCGAGGGAGUUUCACCGCAAGUACAGGAUCCCGGCCGGCGUGGACCCCACUCUGAUCACCUCCUCCCUGUCCGCGGACGGGGUGCUGACCGUCACCGGGCCCAGGAAGCUGUCCGACGUCCCCGAGCGAUCCGUGCCCGUCUUCCGAGAGGAGAAGCCCGCUGCGUCGGAGAAGUAAACCCCCGCCCUCUGCCUCCGGGUCUGCCUUCCGUCAGGCUGGGCGGGAGGCAGCCUCGAACCACGGCAGCAGCAUAUUGCCCCGGCGCUGUUACCACGCUGUGUGAUCACACACACACACACAGACAUAGCCCUCUUCGCAAUAAACCAUCUAUCUCCCUUGCUCCGCAUUAGCUGAUCUGGUAAAAUAAAGUCACGAUCUGAAUUAACGUGAUGCUCCGGCGUGUUUUACUUUCGGCCGUUCAGACUGACCGCUCGGAGCGGCCGCGACCGGGUACGAUGGCCAGGGGUCUUCCGCCGCUGUCGCCCACACUCC